CAAGACCAGAAAAACGAGCAAUCUUGCAUGGCGUACAACCAAUGCACAUACGGCCAUGCGCCUCCUUGGUCACCAGACAACAGAGGCAGCCAAAACAGCACAUCUUACCAACCCUCAGCCGUAUCAAGUUGGGCAGAAAGCCCAUUACAAAUGGCCAUUAUAUCAGAACCCCAAGGAGGAACUCAGCGUUGGGACUCACAAGCAUACGCAUAUGCAACUGCCAGUUACAAAACCUACGCUCCCAACGCCAGCUUCCAGCACCCCAUACCAGACCAAAUCAUACCCUCCAGCACGGCCUUUACCGGUACCACCUACUAUACAACUCUCACAUCCCAACACACGCCUACAGCAAACUCUCCAUCAUCUCAAGCACAUCUCCCCUACUAUCAGUACGUAACAACCCCCCCGUCUCCAUCUCCACCACAUACUAACCAUCUCCUCGAAACUCCUCUACUACCCACCACGCACCCCCUCCCCCAUCAACCUCCCCCAAAAUCCUCUGCCCCUACCACUGCGGCACAAUCCUAA